GGACGCUGGGGAGGGAAGGGGGCUCCAGGACCCACUCGAGCCGGAGGAGACGAGACGAUCAACACAAAGCCAGGCGAACCUCGGAGCGUCCGCGCGCGGCUCUGGUGCGCAGCUGCGAACUCUGAUCGACACCAGACUUUUCCUCGGGAGUGAGGGGCUGAGGUUUGGGGGUUUCUCUGUCCGGAUGUUGGAAUCCGCGGGGAGCGUAGACUCGCGACUGCGGGCUGGACACAUAUGAAGCGGGAUCUGACUUGAUCUGGCCCAAUCGCUGGAGGAUAUGAGCGGACGCUGGCCGCGCUUGUCUCCACGAGUGGCGCCCACCGUCCGUGCGCGGGGAUGUCCGCUCCAGCUCGGCUACUGACCCGUCUGUUUGCCCUGGCGCUGAUCGUCGUGGCGCCGGCGGCGGGCUCGGAGCUGCGGGUUCGAGUCCGGCUCGCGGAUGGACUGGUGACGGAGGAGGUUCUGGAGGCGGACAGCGAGAGAGACUCCAUAUCGCUGGAGUUCAAGCAAGGAGACGGAACUUUGGUGACUUUUCUGGCGGAUUUUAGACAGAAUGUGAAAAUAUUCCGAGCGCUGAUCCUGGGCGAGCUGGAGAGGGGACAGAACCAGUACCAAGCGCUGUGUUUCGUGUCCCGCCUCAACCGAAAUGAGAUCAUCCCCAGCGAGUCCAUGGCUCGACUCAGACAGAAAAACCCUCAGGCCAUUCGACUGGCGGAGGAGAGGAGAGGACUGGAGCAGCUGACCAUGAGCGCGGCGGUCAAUCUCAGUCGGGCCGCGCAACUCAGCUCCCACAUCCACAACAUGUGCAGUGAGGCUCAUGACGCCAUUUACACCCAGGAGUCAGACGUCAAACACUGGCUGGAUAAAGGUGUGGACGGCUCCAUAUUUGAAGUCCUCCCUCAGAAGACGGAGGAGCUCAGCGUCCAGGCCUGCCACUCCACCAAAGACAUGUGGCAGCCGUGUCUCUGCAGGUACAGCCUGCGUCUGGAGUGGUACCCGUGUCUGCUGAAGUACUGCCGCAGCCGGGACACCACCGGCAGAGGAUCCAGCUACAAGUGCGGCAUCAAGAGCUGCAGUAAAGGAUACCAUUUCACCUACUACGUUCCCCAAAAACAGCUUUGUCUAUGGGACGAGGAGACUUAACUGUCUUAUCAGCAUCAUUUUAUGAAGAGAUUUUGCCUCCCCACAUCAGCAAACCCAGGUAUCACGCGCGACCAAAAACUGCGACAGGAGGACGCUUCAUUUGGGGGGAACAACCUCACUUUUUCUACUCUUCUGUGCCUUUUGUGGGAGACGUUGCCGGUGCAGAUGACCGGCGCUGGCUGAGCAUUGGUGGAGUCCUAUUGUGAUCAGACAAAAACAAGGAAAAUGCUGAAGUGCAGAUCAAGUUGGACCGACAUUGUGACAUGAAACGGUCGCCCAUAGCUCUUAGCAACGCUGGCCUUAUUUAUUUAGUUUGCAAAGUGAAAUGAUGGAGGAAUGUUUGAUGCGUUUUUGAUUCUUGACAUUGUCCCUUUAAAUCGUCACCAUUCAGAGAGUAUUUUAUCAGGUUUCAGUUGGUUUAUUGUGUGUGUGUCUGAGCAGGUCUGAACUCAGGUUCAUUCUCCUCCCUGACACGACUGUUUGAGCUUGUGCUGAUCCUUUCUUUCCUGAAGGGAACUCACUUUCUGCUGCAUUGUAAAUGUGUCAACUGAACCAAAGUCAGGGAAGACCUUGUCAAACGAGAGGUGUAGAGUUACAGCUCCUCUCUGAAGUGUUUUUCCACCCUGGAUCUGCUCCCGUCUACACUGCCCCCUCCUGGUUCUGUCUGGCAUUGUUCGGGUUUGACCUCUGAUUCAGGGCUCCAGGAUGGUUCAGGGUCAUAUCCAACCCAUCAUCUCUUAUCAAUCAAGCUGCACUUCGUGAACCCGUGGGACCAAACUCUAAUGACUUUCUGUGCCGUCUGUGUUCAUUGUUACUUUGUUAUGUGUCGCCCAGGUGACGAAAGAGCCAAAUGAUUAAAAGACGUUUCGCCAGUGGCCCGUUUCUCAUGUGCCUUAACAUCGCGAUCAUUGCAGUGAUCGCUCCACGUAUUUUUUUAAAGAUUUUAAAAGCAUUUGACAACACCUGUUUUGUGUCAAUAAACUUUCUCUUUGCACUGCA